GUCAGGGCGCCCAGGUCCGCCCGGGGUGGGGCGGAAGCGCACUGGGCCCGGGCCGCCGGCGGGGGUCGCGGAGAGCCGUCGGGAGUCCCCGAGGACAUGGCGUCCCCGGCUGUGCGCCGCGCGCUCCUGGGCUGGGGCCUGGCGCUGUGCUGCCUGUGGUGCGCGGGCGCGGGGUGGAGUGGUGGCCAUGAGUGGAAGAAACUAAUUCUGACCCAACACUGGCCCCCAACAGUGUGCAAGGAAGCUGACAGCUGUCGGAACUCUCUGGACUAUUGGACGAUACACGGACUAUGGCCUGACAAAGGAGAAGAAUGCAAUCGAUCGUGGCACUUCAAUGUAGACGAGAUUAAGGACCUCGUGCCGGACAUGAAGAUAUACUGGCCCGAUGUCAUUCACCCCUCUUCCAACCGCACCCAGUUCUGGAGGCAUGAGUGGGAGAAGCACGGCACUUGCGCUGCCCAGCUGGACGCCCUCAACUCGGAGAGGAAGUACUUUGGGAAGAGCCUGGCUCUGUACAAGCAGGUGGACCUCAACAGCAUGCUCCUGAAGUUUGGGAUCAAACCCUCCGUCAAUUACUACCACAUUGCAGAUUUCAAAGACGCCCUCACCAGAGUCUACGGAGUGGUUCCCAAGAUCCAGUGCCUCCCACCACAGCAGGAUGAGCAGGUGCAAACCAUUGGUCAGAUAGAGCUGUGCUUCACCAAGGAGGACUUGCAUUUGCGGAAUUGCACCGAGCCAGGGGAGCAGCUGUCCCCCAAGCAGGAAGCGUGGCUGGCCGAGGGGGCUGCGGCACAGGGGAUGGCCGUCUGUGAAGAUGGCCCAGUCUUCUACCCGCCUCCAGCAAAGACCCAGCGUUGAUCCCCAAAUUUGGAAAUAUUCUGUUUUAUAAAAAAAGAGAUUCACAAAUCACUGCUUUUUAAACAUGAUUCCAAAGCCUUUUAAAGUGUUCUCUGCUUUUUCCUCCGGUGUCUGUGAAGUGAUUUUGACCCUGCCUGGUCACCUGCGCUCCGGGCUCCUCUUCCGUGGACUUAGAUCUGCAGCCGAGGUUGUAGUGGGCCUUGUUCCCAUCAGAAGGGAAUCAGACUCCAUCCACUGGUGCGUGAUUAGAAACGUCAGUGUGGCCGAGCAGUGCCCCAUCCUGAGGUUGUAAGUUCUAGAACCCUGAGACGCCCCUCCUUGGAGGUGUUCUGCUCGGCCUCAGGAUCUCGGCCUGGGCCGUGAGGGUAGCGGGGCUCUGUGGAGGGUCUCUUCCUGGUGUGCUUGACUAAACUGCCU